AUGGUGGGCGUUCCGGGCAAAUACAAAGGCUGCGAGACCUGCCGUCUGCGUCGAGUAAAGUGCGACAACCAACGACCCUACUGCCGAAAAUGCCUGGACGGCGGCCGCACCUGCGCCGGCUACGAGCGCGAGACCGUCUUCAUCAUCGGCACCGUCGAGGACCAGGGCCGGUGCUCGUCACACCCGCCGCGCGUCGUUAAGCCCAAGAGGUCGGGCGCAUCGUCGAGGAAGGCGUCGCCGGCGCCGAGGGGGCAGCUUUGGGAGUGGGGGUGGGAUCGGGAUCAAGAUCGGGAUCGGAGGGGGCGCGGGGAUGCGGAUGGGGGGGUGUUUGUCUCGCUGCCGGGUUACCGGGCACUGGAUGUCCAGCCGGGGAUGGCCGACGAGGAGUUCCGGCUCGCGUCGCAGUGCUUGGUUCAUCUAGGCGCGCCCGAGGAGGGGUUGGUGGGGGGUGGGCGGACGGCGACAGAUGGGACCUGUUUGUUUCUAUACGAGCACAACACGUCUUCGUACUUCAGCAACCAGCCGCCCUGGAAAGACCCGUCCGCGCAAACAAAUGCCGUCCGUCGGCUCGGACCAGAACACUUUCGUGCCUUUCCCGCUCACCACUUCUUUGUGCGCAUCUACCGGCCUACCGCUAUCAUGACCGCUCUCAUCAACCGCACCCCGAUCUUCCUCGCUGAACCCCAGUGGCUCUCAACGCCCUUCGAAGCCCAUCCCAAGUCCGCGCUCGACCGACUCUUUGACAGUCUCGCCCUGCUGCCCUCCCUCCUCGCUCGCGCCGACCGCGUUCUAGCCCAGGAACACACGCUCACGCGCCGCUUGAUGGCGCAGGACUUGCUCAACAACUGCCUCGACCUGGAGGUGGAACUCAGCAGAUGGUACACCGCCCUCCAAGUCUCACCAGCAUCUGGCAUUUCCCAACCCCUAUUCUGGCUCUCCAACCCGCCCCUGACGGCAUCAUCAACAGCACCCCACCCCUACCACCUCCCCGACCCCCUCUCCUUCCGCGACGCCCACACCGCGCUGGCACUAUCCUACUACUGGACCGCGCUGGUCCUCUUCUACCCAACCAUCUGGCGCCUCUAUUUCGCCGCCGUCAUCGACCCCGUCACAGCCUACGACACCAGCACCACCACAACCUCCACAACCACCAGCAUCCCCACCACCACCAGCGGCAACCCACCCGCAACCACCUUCCCACCCCCCCAUCACCAUCCACACCACCACCCACAACACCAGCACGACCUCCUAGAACCCACCACUCUCCCCCUCCCCACCCGCCUGCAAACCCUCGACCCGAUGCGGUACUCGCUCCCCCGGGUACGCGACGCGGCGGCCGACGUGUGCCGGGCGCUCGAGUUCUUCCUGGCGGGGGCGGGCCCGUCUUCCAACCCGCCCCCCUCGUCGUGUAAUAUCAAGCCCUCUCUCUCAGCAAUAUUUGUUCUUGGUACCUAG